GUAUCGCUUUCUAGUUGUAUUACUUUUUUAUGAAUCAUAUUACAUAACAAUUCUAAAGAGAUCGUGUUGGACUUCUCUAAUGAUAAAAUUAAUUCUUUAAAAGGACGAAAGUUUCCUUGUCGCUUUGUCAUUAUUCAUGAUCAAAGAAAGGCCAUGAAGGUACUUGUUUUGCGAGAUACCUUCUUCAUUUGAUGUCAUCGAUCUUUCUAACUUCGCAUGCUUACUCUAAGAACCUCUUUUUUUUGUUUUUCAGACAAAACGUUGCAGAAUGAAGUUAUUGUGCUUCUUUCCAGAAUUAACAAUAUCACGCUAAAUAUUUAUUUAUAAUACAAAGAAAAACCAAGUUGAUUUUGUGAAUUCGACGCUUCAAUAAUUUAACGAUGUAUUCACCAAGUAUUGUACUUUGUUUUGUUUUUGUAUUUCUGCUUGUUGCUUCGUUCUCGGAGUUUCAGGAAGAUUUUAUGAAUGACAAUGAGCAAAGUGACAACUCAACAGUCCAGUAUGAUUUUCUCAUAAAUUCUACGAAAUAUCAAAAUGAAGAGGCGGAACUAACACGAUGCAAAUCACACGGUGCAAAUCACGAAAAAUCUGUUAAGAAUAAAAAUCAAAUACAAUAUGAAUCUUGUAUUAAUUCUACAAAAAAUAAUUGCAAGAAUGACUCGAUGCGAUAUGAGUCUCGUGAGUAUAUAAUAAAAAAUCAUGAAGACAAUAAUCAGACAUCUAUGGAGUUCUGUACGAAUUCGAUAGAGAUCGAUAAUUUCACGUUACCAGAAAUUAAUGAAAAUUUCAUCAAAACUGAAGACAAGAACAAUUCCAUAUCAUACAAACGCGACGAUUCCAACAGAACAGUUAUCUUUGUUAAAAAUGAAGAGUGCAAAGAUAACAUUACUUGCAUUCAACUCUGUUGUCCUUAUGGUUAUAACUUGACGGUAAAGGGACAAUGCGUCGAACAUGGAGAGGAUACGUACGCUUUUCCAAACAAACAGAAGAAUGAUUCCGGGGAUGAAAUACUUGACGAACUAUUUUUGACUGUUCGUGAUCCAUGCAUUGCAGAAGAACGUGGUCGCAAACUUGUUUCUGCCAAUACAUACUUGUUUCUCACCGAUGGCUCUUUGUAUAUGAAUACUGGCGAAUUCAUUUCACCAAAAUCUUAUUGCUUUGCCAUUUUAUUUCGGAAUGUAUAUGACGUGAUCGCCUGCACUGAUCAGACAAGACUUCCAGUAUAUAUAUCCGCGUGCCACUUACUAUCUUUGCCGUUCCUACUGUUGACGUUCAUAGUAUAUUCCAUAUUGCCAGAACUCCGGAAUAUACAUGGUUAUUCAUUGCGUGCACACGUGGGUUCAUUAUUCAUCACAUACGCGAUUAUAUAUCCUGGCCAACAAGUUUCUGGAUUAGCUGAAAUGAAAUAUUGCGUUGCACUAGCAUAUAUCUUCAACUUCUUCUUUUUGUCAAGUUUUUUUUGGCUAAAUGUAACAUGCUUCGAUAUUUGGUGGACAGUUAGAGAACUCCGUUCGCAUCGAAGAGGAGGAAAUCAUUAUGAAAAAAAGAAGCUUAUAAUAUAUUCGAGCUAUGCAUGGGGAGUUACCAUCAUUCUUAACAUUUUCUGCGCCAUUAUGGAUAAUAUUCCCAAUCUACCAGAAAAUUUGGUUCGACCAGAAAUUUGCGAAAAAAGAUUUUGGUACGGUGAGAAUAAAGCAAAAACAUUAUAUUUUUACGUACCCAUGAGUAUUACUAUCGUUAGUAACGUUUUUUUUUUCAUCUGCACAACACUAAUGAUUCUGCACCAGAAAAUACAUACAGCUAGUGAGUUGAGAGAUUCGGAGAGCAAGCGUCACGAUGAAAAUAAGCAGAGGUUUAGUAUGUACUUGAAACUAUUCAUAGUGAUGGGAAUAACUUGGGUUUUGGAGAUACUAGCGUGGAUGAUUGGUACCAAUAUUCUACCAGAGUACUUCUGGUAUCUGACCGACAUCAUAAAUGCCUUGCAAGGUCUCAUCAUUUUCGUUGUAUUUGUGUGUAGAAGAAAGAUCAAGGAAAUGCUAUUAAAACAAUUUCGCGGGAAGACUUGCGGUCCAUUUAAGAUUCCAAUAAGUGAUAGUAUAGCUUCGAACUCUAAUACAGCCACUUCGCUGUCCGAAUCAAUAUCCAUGCAACAAAUCAGUCCCUCUAAUUAACAGCUAAUCAUCUCGCAAAAUUUAAUUAGUCCUACUGAUGGUUGCAAUGCAAAGGAAAAAUUCUAUUAUAGAUGAGAGUUAACAGUUAAUUAGCAGCAUAAUUUCUUCAGUCAAAGAUCUUACAUACAUAUAUACUAUAUCAGAAUACAUUGUUUCACGUUAUCUUUUGAUCGGUUUAGAAAAAGACCAAAAUUAUACAAGGAGGGAUUGUCUUAAAUUUUAACAAUUCUCUUUGUCUUUCACUUUAAAUGCGUUUCAAAUUUUAUCUCAAAUU